UCUUAUACAGCUGUGGUAAGACACAUCUCUCUGGACCACAUCCUUAAAAAGCACUGUGUCUACCAUCUAAGAUAUUUUAACAGACAUAUGAGCGGGACAGCUAUGAGUUUAACUGCAGCAGAAAGUGGGUUUGUUGUCCUCCUUCUCUCGGUGUCAGUGGUACAGGGUCUGAAUGACUGGGGAGUGACUUACACCUCUACUGGGAUCUGUGCCUUAAAAGGAUCAACAGUGGACAUAAGCUGCACCUACAGAUACCCAUCCAGAAUGACAGAUCGUGAUACUACAGUUGAGGAAACAUUCUGGUUCAUUCAUUCGCAGGGUGAGGAACCUGUGGAUCUGAGGACACGCUCAGAGUACUCAGGUCGUGUGCAGUAUAUCUGUGGUAACAACAACUGCACUCUGAGAAUCAUAGACCUGAGAGAGAGUGACUCAGCUGAGUACAAGUUCAGAUUCAUAACAAACCAACCAGGUGGAGAAUAUACUGGUUUACCUGGAGUCACUUUGUCUGUCACAGGCUUCCAGGUGCUGAUAAACCGCUCAGAGCCUUGCAAAACUACAACCUGUACAUGGUCAGACCUUAGAUGUCACAGCAGUUGUCGCCUACCUGAUCAAACUUCCUACAUCUGGUACAAGAAUGAACAUAAAAUUACCGACAAAACAUCUUCAGACUACUAUUUCUACUUUUAUCCUGAUGACAGUUUUUCCUGUGCUGUAGAAGGAUAUGAGAAUUUCCCCUCUCCUCCAGUGUAUCCUCCGAGGGUUCCCUCUGUGUCAGUGAGUCCCUCUGGUGAGAUAGUGGAGGGCAGUUCAGUGAAUCUGACCUGUAGCAGUGAUGCUAACCCAGCAGCUAAUUAUACCUGGUACAAGGAGGAUGAAGACUCACCAAAAGCAUCAGGACAGAUCUUCACCAUCACUGACUUCAGACCUGAACACAGUGGGAAUUAUUACUGUGAAGCCCAGAACAGAAGAGGACGCCAUAACUCCACCUUACAUCUGAUUGUUGUUGCAGGUGCAUGGAAAUCUGCAGCUUUAGGCACAAUCACUGCUGUUUUCCUGGUUAUCACACUCCUCGCUGUCUUCCUUUGGAUUAGACGAAAUAUGUCCUGCACCCAGCUGUCUCAGGGUGGAGAGAGACCCGACAACAGAGCACAGCCAAACAUGAGUCCAGCUGCAGCACAGAGACAGUCAGAAGAACAGCAGGAUGACCUGCACUACGCCAGCAUCUGCUUCCCUCAGAACCAGGAAGAUGCUCUCUACUCCAACAUCAGAUACGCUCAGCCCCACAGACGAACAGAGGAUGAGGAGGGUGGGGUUAUCUACAGUGCUAUCAAAACUGACAAUGCCAGCAGUGCCCCGGGAAGAAGACGCCAAGAAGAUGUGGAGGAUUCAUGUGCACUGUACAGCACAGUCAACAAAAACACUGUGAGCACAACAUGAAUCUGUGGUUUGUUUGAACGUGGAUUUGUCCGUGCACUUUCUUCAAGCAGGUAGAAUUAUUGUGCAUUCCUCAGGACAUGGCAUUAAGGCAACCCACAAAAAUAAAAACGUGGGUUAUGUGAAUACUUGUUUGUUAAGUUUGAUGUUACUGAUGAAAAUAUUUUUAGAAAUAUUGCGCUUUCUUGUAGUAACACUGAAGUGACCCUCCUAUGAGAUGAGAACACCAGCAGUGGCCCCAAACCAAUUUGAGUUUGAGACCCGUGAUCUAAACACAUAUAUGGAACCACUUCAAUUAUACAGACCUCUGCUGGUGAAAGUAGGGAUUGCACUUACACUUUAAACUUCAGGAUCAUAGAUCAUAGUUUUGGACAUGGCAUUAAGGCAACUGACUAAAAUAAAAACACAUGUUGGUUGUGUGAA